CCUAUCGCCAUGCGGUUCCGCUUCGGGGUGGUGGUGCCGCCCGCCGUGGCUGGCGCCGGGCCGGAGCUGCUGAUCGUGGGGUCGCGGGCCGAGCUGGGGCGCUGGGAGCCGCGCGGCGCGGUGCGCAUGAGGCCGGCGGGCACGGCGGCGGGCGCGGGGGCGCUGGCGCUGCCGGAGCCGGGCCUGUGGCUCGGGGAGGUGGAGCUGCGGCCCGCGCCCGAGGAGGGGGCGCCGGACGGGGCGGAGCCGGGCCGCGUGGACACCUUCUGGUACAAGUUCUUGAAGCGCGAGCCGGGAGGAGAGCUCGCCUGGGAAGGCAAUGGGCCUCAUCAUGACCGUUGCUGUAUUUACAAUGAAAACAACGUGGUGGAUGGUGUUUAUUGUCUCCCAAUAGGACACUGGAUUGAAGCCACGGGUCAUACCAAUGAGAUGAAACACACAACAGAUUUCUAUUUUAAUAUCGCAGGCCACCAUGCCAUGCACUAUUCAAGAAUUGUGCCAAAUAUCUGGCUGGGAAGCUGUCCUCGCCAAGUGGAGCAUGUUACCGUCAAGCUGAAGCAUGAACUGGGGAUUACAGCUGUCAUGAAUUUCCAGACGGAAUGGGAUAUCGUGCAGAACUCCUCCGGCUGUAACCGCUACCCAGAACCCAUGAGUCCAGACACUAUGAUGAAGCUGUAUAAGGAGGAAGGCUUGGCCUAUGUCUGGAUGCCCACAGCAGACAUGAGCACUGAAGGCCGAGUGCAGAUGCUACCCCAGGCCGUGUGUCUCCUGCAUGCUCUCCUGGAGAAUGGACACAACGUGUACGUCCACUGCAACGCCGGGGUGGGGCGCUCCACUGCGGCCGUCUGCGGCUGGCUCCACUAUGUGCUGGGCUGGAAGCUCAGGAAGAUACAAUACUUCCUCAUGGCCAAGAGGCCCGCCGUGUUCAUCGACGAAGAUGCCUUGUCCAGGGCUCAAGAAGAUUUCUUCCAGAAAUUCGGGAAGAUUUGUUCUCUCGGAUGCACUCGGUAGCUGGCCAACCUGCUUCUCGUUCCUCUCAGUUUGUUUGCUUGUUUUUAGAGAAGUGUGAGAUGAUAUUAAUUAAGUGAU